AGUUUUCGCUGGCUCUUUGUACCGUUCGGUCGAUAAAAUAUUUGUACAGAUUUAGUUGUUUUAAAUUUUGUUGGAAAUUAAAAAUUUAACAUUUUUCUUCUUGUUUUGGUUUCGUGUUGUUCAGUAUUUUGAUCAGUUGUGUUGAUGUGGAUAUAUAGUACGAAUCGGAUCUUGUUGAACAAGAAAAAUUGAUUGUGGGUUAAACGCUAUCUUAUUAGCUCCGUUCGUUAGAGAUUGUAUGGUAACAUGGUUAAAAUGCAAUUUAUUUUCGGAGUAUUAAUCGGAUUAACUGCUGCUACACUAUCCAAUGCCGUUGAUUCUGGUUAUUAUGGACUGAAAAUUGGACCAUUAUCACAACUUCAUCAUGGCCUUUCCGGUGAUGUUUAUGCAGUUGAUUCAAAGACACUGUUUCUGAAAAACUUAAACUAUGACGGAGAGGGUCCAGCUGCAUAUUUUUAUGUCAGCACGGGGAGAAGACCUUCUCUUGAAGGUGCUUUUCGUGUUCGUGACGAACGUGGCAGCACCGGCGUAAUAAAGCGAUAUCGUAACAAAGAUGUGACGCUAUCGUUACCCGAAGGCAAAACGUUGCGUGAUGUUAAAUGGUUCUUCGUGUGGUGCGACGAAUUUUCGGUUAACUUCGGAGAUGUUGCUAUUCCGAAGAAUUUGGAUUAUCCUCGGCCGCUAAAAAUUGCCGCCUUAAAGGGAGUGCACGAAGUGUUAUCGGACAACAUUGUUAUUGUCGAUGCGCAAACAUUACUCGUACCAAAUUUCAGUUACGACGGCGAAGCGCCAGACGCUAAGUUUUGGGUAGGUCGUGGCACAAAACCGACACCGAAUGGCAUUCGAAUACCGGACGAAAAUGGCAGAGAAACGCCAUUGAUUAAGUACGAUAAGAAGACGAUUGUUCUGACAUUACCGGGUGACCUAACUGUUUUCGAUAUUGGUCAUUUUGGAGUGUGGUGUGAAGCAUUUACCGUUGAUUUCGGACAUGUUCGCAUACCGGAUGUGGUAAACGUGCCGCCAUCGCUACGCAUGCUCGGUAUCAGUCCACAGUCGAAAUUAAAUUGUGAAGUCUUGUACGAUGACUUGGCGUUCGAAGUGAGAUGGGCGGUGGCUGGAGAAAGCGUUGUCGUUCAAUUAGUAGCAAAACUAGAAAACAAUGAGUACAUGUCCUUUGGCAUAUCUAAGAGCAAGGACCAUACCGUGAUGGUAGGCGCUGAUGUGGCAGUUGUUUGGGUGGAUAGGGAUACAGGCAAGGGUUAUGCUCACGAUUACUAUUUGGAUGAUAAGUCACAGUGUUCGGGAACACGUGGAAGUUGUCCAGACAUAAGAUUAGGCGACAACACAAAUUCGAUUCGAUUACUGAACGCAGCUAUGGUCAAUGGAUACAGCAUCGUGACAUACCAACGUCCAUUGAAAGCAUCUGACCGAUUCGAUUUACCUAUUCCAAUUAAUGGUUCUCAGGCUAUUGUAUGGGGUAUAGGACCAUUGAACCAACGCACCGAAGUGUCCUUCCACUCAAAGUACACGAAAGGCGAUAGGCUCAUCGACUUUGGUAGGCAACCAACAUGGAACUGUCCGGUGCCCGACGGAGAAAUGAAAAUGACCGGAGAUGAAAUUAGUGCGAAACCAGCACAAACCAAUGUCAACCACAACAGGGACCGAAAUCGAGAAGCACAAGACAGUCGUCCACAGAAACAAGAAAUCAAUCGACGAGGAUCACGCCCAGCAUCGACAACUGACGAUAAAUACACUGUUCCCGCACUACACGUAAUUAAUGAAGAUAAAUCGACUGUUCCUGCACGGAACGUACCUACACCAAAGCCAGCACCGACGAAUGGUGCUUGGGAAAUUCCACCAAUCCAAUGUUAUGAACCAGAAGACGGCGUAUUUUAUGCACAAAUGGGACCGACAGGUGGAAAACACGGCUAUCCUGCUAUUACAGGUCAUGUGGGCUGGGGUAUUUCUUGGUACAUCAAUGGUCUCUUGAUUCCGGAAAUCAAUGUUGUUCGUGGCAAGACCUACACUUUCGUUGUUGAAGGAGGCAAUGAUCCGGAAGUCCCAGCCAAAUACCAUCCAUUUUACAUUACUGACGAUCCGGUUGGUGGAUUUGAAUAUAAAACUGAAGAAGAGAAAGCAAAUGUUCGCAUUUUCGCUGGUGUUCAUCGUUCAAGAAAUGGUGCCGUUGCUCCAACUGGCAUCGGUCGAUUGUGCCAUUGGACAUCCGAUCCGGAUGGACCGUCAGCUGAUGAGUAUUCAUCGUUCGGAGCGUACCAACGCAGUUUGACGCUGAAAUGUGAUGAAGGCGAACCGGGGAUUAUUACAUGGCAGCCCGAUAACAAUACGCCGGACACUGUUUACUACCAAUGUUUCACGCAUCGCCACCUCGGCUGGAAGAUAAAUGUUUUAGAUGCGUGUGAUUCGGCACAAGCCAGCGAAAUCGAUGAGGUGUAUGUUGAACCGGAGGCGGAUGAAGAUGGUUUGCUGUUAGAAGCUUCACAACGUUAUGAAACAAAGAUUCGACCAAAUGAAAUUUUUUUAUUGCAGCACGAGAAAGAUUUAAUCAAAAAUCAUAACAUGAACGAACAGCCACCAAAAAUACAGUUUGAUCUAAUCAAAAAUACAGAAAUAAAUAAAAUUAUAGCUGAGGGAAUUAAGGCAGCUGAGGCGUUGGAGGAAAGCAUUGCCAAGCCUAGUGCGAACCAAAGUAAUGUCGAAUCAAAACCCAAUCCACCGUCCAAUCAACAACAGCAAUCCGUGUACUCAUCGUUACCAUCGAAGGACAUUCAGAUUCCCAACGAUGAUGUAGCCAAUUCCAAUCUGGCUCUAUCCGAAUAUCUGCGACCACCGAGCAUUCCGAACGGACAACUUUUCCGGCCCGUUCAACUACCUCAACGGCGUCCAAGCGCAACCGUAAUCAUCGAACGACGACGUCCUGCUAACAAUUUAUACCGUCCGUAUGUGGUGCCACAACCGUCAAUGAUCAUCAGUCACUACAAGAAACCAGUUUCGCCUCUGAUUCGACCGUUCGUUAGCCAAUCGAAACCGAUCAAAGCGAUAGCUCCGUUUUUAGUAUUGAGCCCGAACGAACAAUAUCUGUCGCGGAAGACAUUUGAACAGAAAGUAAACAGAGUCUCACCGAAUGUGGCUGAAUCUAAUGGUCCAAACAAGAAAUUUCAUCGGGAAAAUGUUCCAGUUAAAUAUCUGAACAAAACGGUAACCAACCAACAUCCAUUGAAAUCAGUGCAGGGAGCCAACACCAAAAAGAAACCAUUCGGCGAAACGCCGCUGAAAGCGCACGCAAAGCCAAUUUUCACAACACCGUACCUACACAAAGACGAAAAUGUCUAUCGACCAUCGGUAGUUCAGGAACAUAAAGGAUUCCAACCAGACUCGGUAAUUGUGGAAGGCGGUUUUCGACCAAUAGUCAAACGUCGAAUGGAGGAUGUUGAUGAUGAUCAAGAUGACAGCGACGAAAUCAUUGGCACCGCCAAUGUCAACCGACGUCGUGACGAUAACAUCUCCGAUGUCGAUGAUAAUGUCGAAAGUGGCGAUGCGUUGUUUGUGAAUCAGGAUGUGGAAACGAAGCAAUUCGAGCCGAUGUUUAUUCCGUCGCCACUCGAUAGCAUAAAUACCAGCAACGGAAAAAUGAUGGUAAACGAAAAGUUAAUGGAAAAUAUGGACGUUGAAGACGGAGACGAUAAAAUGAUGAUGGCCGGUGAACGUGUCGAUGCAUACUAUUUACCACCAGACAACCGAAAAAUUCCUGCUAGAGUUUAUCCGGAAGGUGCGGUUGUUACAUAUGACGGUAAAGCGGUUUUGGAUUAUUCACUUGUGAAUCCCCUGCCUCCACCAUUACCAUCCAAAAACAAUUUCCUAUUGUCGUCCGGACAUUUAUCGAAAACCGAACAAUUGAUAAGGAACACCCCACAGUUCGGACCAUUUCUUGGUGAGUUUCCUCCAUUAGCGCCAGAUUUUGUGCCACCAGAAAUCGUACCAAAUCUGCGACCAACCAUUCAACACCCACUGCCAGUGACUGAGUACACUAAUCCGAAUACAAAACCGAUUUCAACGAAAUUGACUUUAUUAAAGCCGACAUCGAUAACUGCUGAGCAAUCGUCACUGAGUACAGAUUCUGCAGAAGAUGGGGCAGCUGAGGCCGAUAAGACCAUCGUCAAGGAAACAAAAAGAACUUAUUAACAUUGUAGCCUGUAAUCUCACUGUGUCUAAUUUAUUGAUUCCCCUUUAAUAGUAAGAAAACUCACUUACCGAACAAAAUACUGGAAGUGCCUAAAGUAUUGUCAAGAAACCCUCAAAAAUAAAUUUAUUUAUUCUAAA